AUGGACUUCCGAUCCACCACAUCAACAUCAACCUCGACCAUGUCGUCGACCCAGCAAUCCCCCAUCAGCAGCAGCAAGAUCGUGCCGCCGGCGCCAAAACCCGCCAAGGUAUCGACGACCGAUCCGUUCCUGAAGGACUUUACGCUGGUCGCGGAGGCGGCGAAACGCGCGCAGAUGGCUGUGCUCAUGCGGGACUUUGAGGGGAUUGGGUUUAAAUAG